AUGGAUAAUAAUAUGGCACUAGGUUUUCGUUUCUACCCAACAGAGGAAGAGCUGAUUUCCUUCUAUCUACGUAACAAGCUAGAAGGAAUGAGACCAGACCUGGACCGAGUUAUACCUGUUCUUGACAUUUACGAGAUGGAUCCAUGGCACCUCCCACAAUUUUCUGGAGAGAUGUGUCGUGGAGACCCAGAGCAAUGGUUCUUCUUCGUGCCAAGACAAGCAAGGGAAGCCCGUGGAGGAAGAACGAGUCGAAUCACCAGUUCAGGAUACUGGAAAGGUACAGGCUCUCCUGGCUACGCCUACUCUUCAGAGAAUCGGAUCAUCGGAAUAAAGAAAACCAUGGUCUUCUACAAAGGGAAAGCUCCUAAUGGUAGGAAAACUAAGUGGAAGAUGAACGAGUAUCGAGCUAUCUUAAGAGAAGCCUCUUAUUCAACUAGUAGUACAACUCCAAAUCCAAUUUUGCGCCAUGAAUAUAGUUUGUGUCGUGUGUACAUGGGUACGGGAUGGUCGCGAGCAUUCGAUCGACGGCCGUCAGGAGCCAUAACAAGAGAGAUGGCAAUGGAGGUACACCAAGGUGAUUCUGGAGCUGGGGUGAUCGGUAGGAGUGGAGACAUGGCCACCACAUCUCUGGCAAUGGAGGUACACGAAGUUGUUUCUGCAGCUGGGAUGACCAGUGGAAGUGGGGACAUGGCCACCACAUCUCAUCAUCAGACGAACCCUUCAAAAAUGGAGAAAAACUGCUCACAGGACAGUUCAUCCUCAGGCAAAGACGAUGGUCAUCCUCCUCAAACUUGUGAAAGUACCUUUUGGGAGAUUUCUGAUGAUGAUCUUCAGUCCCUGUUAGAAUGGAAAAACUUAAAUUGGGAUUAGGUUUAUAGCUU